AUGGCGGUUAUCUACGUCGACGAAGAAGCCGGAAGCGAUCUCCCCGAGAUUCAGGGCACUGAGGCCGCCCCCUUCAAGUCUCUUCUUGAAGCCUACUACCGCCAUGGAGCCGAGUCCGAGUACCAGGUUAAGAAGAAGGACGAUGAGGAGGGUUACAAGCCUGCUGCCAAGUCAGCCCUGAAGAAGGCUGUCGCCUAUGCUGCUCAGCAGAAGAAAAAGGCCGAGGCUGCUGCUAAGCGAGCUGAGAAGGAUGCUCAAGACGAGGCCGCUCGUUUGGCUGUUCUCGAGGAGGCCAAGAAGCUGAAGAUCACUAACGACCCUUCACUUCCCGAGCCUGUUGCGAUCAACCUCCAAGAGACCGACCCUUCAAAGAUUGGUAAACUCCGAAAGAGCAAGGAUGAGCCCACUGAGGGAGUCAAGCGCGUCUCCGUUCAGGGCCGUGUCAACCGUGUCGCUAAGCAGGGUGGUCUUAUCUUUGUGACUCUGCGCCGCGGUCUCAACUACAUGCAAUGUCUCCUUUCCGGAGAUCUCUCCAAGACCUACGAUGCCCUUACUCUUUCACGAGAGACCUCUCUCGAGAUCAUUGGUGAGCUUUGGGAGGUUCCCGCCGGUGCUCACGCCCCUCUGGACCGAGAACUUCGCGCCGACUACUUCAGGGUCAUCGCCAAGGCCCCUGGUGGUGAUGAGGCCUUCACCAACUUGGUUCCCGUUGACGGUGAUACCAACACCCUCAUGAACCUCCGCCACCUUACCCUCCGCCACGAGAAGCCCGCCGCCGUCAUGUUCGUUCGCGACAUUGUCGAGGAUGCUUUCCACACCGUUUACAAGGAGUUGGACGUCAAGAAGGUCAGCCCUCCUGCUCUUGUACAGACUCAGGUCGAAGGUGGUUCUACUCUUUUCAAGUUCGACUACUAUGGCGAGACUUCAUACUUGACUCAGUCCAGUCAGCUUUACCUCGAGACUGUCCUACCUGUCCUUGGUGACUGCUACUGCAUUGAGAAGUCUUUCCGUGCUGAGAAGUCCCUUACCCGUCGCCAUCUUUCUGAGUACUCCCACGUCGAGGCUGAACUCGAUUUCAUUACCUUCGACAACCUCCUGGACCAUCUUGAGCACGUCAUCUGCCGUGUGAUCGAUCUGACCCUCGAGAACCCUGUUGCCGCUGAGGCUAUCAAGAAGUACAACCCCGACUUCGAGAAGCCUUCUCGACCUUUCUUGCGCAUGCGAUACUCCGAUGCCAUUGAUUGGCUGCGAGAGCGUGGUAUCAAGAACGAGGAUGGUAACGACCACACCUUUGGCGACGAUAUUGCCGAGGCUGCUGAGCGCAAGAUGACCGACGAGAUCAACCGCCCCAUCUUCCUCACUCACUUCCCCGUCGAGAUCAAGUCCUUCUACAUGUCAAGGGCCAAGGACGACCCCCGCGUGACCGAGUCCGUCGAUGUUCUGAUGCCUGGAGUUGGCGAGAUUGUCGGAGGCAGCAUGAGAAUUUGGGACUAUGAGGAGCUAAUGGCCGGCUACAAGCGAGAGGGUAUUGAUCCUACAGGAUACUUCUGGUACACUGACCAGCGCAAGUACGGAUCUACUCCUCACGGAGGAUACGGUCUGGGAGCUGAGCGAUUCCUGGCGUGGCUCCUCAAGCUCUGGACAGUGCGAGAAGCUUGCCUGUAUCCCCGAUACAUGGGCAGAUGCACACCAUAA